GAUUCAAAACCCUUUUCAUUUCUCUCUCACGCUAACCACUUCUUCUUCUUCUUCUUUCUUCUUAAAUUUCAAAUCUCGAUCCAAAAAAGAAAAAAUGAGAGAAAUUAUCAGUAUUCACAUCGGUCAAGCCGGAAUCCAAGUCGGUAAUUCUUGCUGGGAGCUUUACUGUCUCGAACAUGGCAUUCAGCCUGACGGCAUGAUGCCUAGUGAUUCCUCCGUUGGAGUAGCACACGAUGCAUUCAACACAUUCUUCAGCGAAACUGGUUCCGGCAAACACGUUCCUCGCGCCGUCUUCGUAGAUCUUGAACCCACCGUCAUCGAUGAAGUUCGUUCCGGUACCUACCGACAACUCUUCCACCCUGAACAACUCAUCUCCGGCAAAGAAGACGCCGCUAACAAUUUUGCUAGAGGACACUACACUGUUGGCAAGGAAAUUGUAGAUCUGUGUUUGGAUCGUGUUAGGAAAUUGGCUGAUAACUGUACCGGUCUUCAAGGGUUUUUGGUUUUCAACGCCGUUGGUGGUGGAACCGGUUCUGGUCUGGGUUCACUCCUUUUGGAACGUCUUUCUGUUGAUUAUGGAAAGAAAUCCAAACUUGGAUUCACCAUCUACCCUUCCCCUCAGGUUUCAACUGCUGUUGUGGAACCAUACAACAGUGUUCUAUCGACACAUUCUCUUCUCGAGCACACUGAUGUGGCGGUGCUCUUGGAUAACGAGGCGAUCUACGACAUUUGUAGGAGAUCUCUUGAUAUUGAGAGGCCAACUUAUACCAACUUGAACAGGUUGAUAUCACAGAUCAUAUCAUCCCUCACAACCUCGUUGAGGUUUGAUGGUGCUAUUAAUGUUGAUAUUACUGAGUUCCAGACCAAUCUUGUGCCGUAUCCUCGUAUUCAUUUCAUGCUUUCGUCUUAUGCACCUGUUAUCUCUGCUGCUAAGGCUUACCAUGAGCAGCUAUCUGUGCCUGAAAUUACCAAUGCUGUGUUUGAGCCUGCUAGUAUGAUGGCUAAGUGUGAUCCAAGGCAUGGGAAAUAUAUGGCUUGCUGUUUGAUGUACCGUGGUGAUGUUGUUCCAAAGGAUGUCAAUGCUGCUGUUGGCACCAUCAAAACAAAGAGGACUGUUCAGUUCGUUGACUGGUGCCCAACUGGUUUCAAAUGUGGUAUCAACUAUCAGCCUCCUUCAGUUGUGCCUGGAGGUGACCUUGCUAAGGUACAAAGAGCUGUUUGUAUGAUCAGUAACAACACUGCUGUUGCGGAGGUCUUCUCCCGCAUUGAUCACAAGUUCGAUCUGAUGUAUGCCAAGAGAGCCUUUGUUCACUGGUAUGUCGGUGAGGGCAUGGAAGAAGGGGAGUUCUCAGAAGCCCGUGAAGAUCUUGCUGCUCUCGAGAAAGAUUAUGAAGAAGUUGGUGCUGAGGGAGCAGAAGAUGAUGAGGAAGGAGAGGAUUAUUGAUGUCCUAAUUGUAUAAGUUCAAGACAUUUUUCUUACAGUUGAUUGUUUCAAGCAAAAAGAGGGUAAUGCUUUGUUACAUUGCCCUCCACUCGUAUUGUUCUUUUAUUUCCAGUGUGAUAUAGUUCCAUCAUUCAAACUUGUGAAAUGGUAAUCAGUAUGCGUCUAAUUUUGUCGUAGGAUCUGUUGUUUACAGAACAACCAUGCAUUUAGAAUUGUUAAUGUCAAAUGUUCAUUAUCUUUUGUUCA